AUGGCGAACUGUUCGCCGCAACGGCGCAAGCCAACGAUAUUGUCGAAGGACUGGGGAAGCACCGCAGUUCGUGCAUCCCUUUACCCUCGUCAUCAGGGGGCGCUCUUACGAGAGGUCUGGAACCAACACCCCAAUCCUUGGUAUGAUGAGCGAUACCAAGAAGGCGGCUUCUGUCCAUAUUUGUACCUCAACGACGACGGAGAUGGAGUGUACUUGGGCGAACGGAUAGAUCUCAACCGUGUGGCAACACCCUCCAAGCCCUUCUUCGCCGAAGUGCCCAUGACCAACAAUGAAUUUGUGAAAGCAGCACUCAGUGGUCCAAGGGCCAAGACGAUGUGGGAACGUAUCGACACAGGACUGAAGAAGAUCAUUGAGACUGUUUUCAGGCAGGUUGUUCGGGAUUGCAACGAAACGACGAAAGGUGGCCCAUUCUACGUCGAUGAGAUUGCCCUGGCAUACCCUACGUACUGGACCGAGGUUGAGCGGAAGAAGUAUGAAAGACUCGUCAGGGAGGUUUUAUCCACCUUUGAAGAUGAGUGUCUGCGCCAGGUUCGGCCUCAAAUUGUGUUUCAUGAGGAAUGUUUGGCCGCCGCCAACAAUCUCUUCUCAACCAUUACACAAAGCGAUGCCGUCAUGGGCCCCAUUACCGACCAACCGCCCCUAUUGGUGACGAUUGACUUUGGCGGCCACACUCUGGCAAUUGAAAGAGGUGGCACUCAAAUUUGGGAGCAGGAGAUAGCUGCAUUUGCAGUCCAAACCCUGGAGAAGAAACGAAACGCACCUCUUCCCCCCAAUGCACUAGAAGACAUCUUGCGGAUCUUUCACCACACUAUCAAGAAGCCCAAGGCAGACAAAAUCGAGGCAUUGAGCCUUUCUUACACGGAUGAUGACGGGGGGCACUUUCUGACCGUCCCCGCUGAGAAGGCCGAGCAAUGCUUUUGGAAAGCCAUGAGGGAGCCCCUUGAACGCGCAGCCAAAGAGAUUGCCCGAGCUGCCUCGUUGAAAUACGAUGUUCGUGUGGUGGUGUACGGUGGAAGUGGUCAGAACUCAAUUGUGCAGGCAAAGAUCAAGGAAGCGUGCGAGAAAGUCGGGGUUAAACCCCCUUAUUUCGCACAAAAUGGCUCACGUGCGAAGGAAACAUGGAAUGUCGCCAAUGGGGCCGCGCAUGCGGCGGCAUACACAUUAUCUGUCGAAGAGUUUGUGAGCAACGGCGCUGCUUUUGGAAUCCGCAAGAGUAUUCUCAAGCCGGGUGCACGACAAAGUGAUUGCAGCCCGGCUAUCGACUGGCUGUCUGACGUGGCUGUUGCUCUUGAUUCUCAAUCUUCCAAAUAUUUCAAGACAUGGUGUACAAGUAAAACCAGGCUCAAGAUUAUUUGCGACCCUUUCCUGAAGAAGGGCGCCAAAGGGAAACGCAGAACAUUAGACAUCGACCGAUCGUACGAUGUUCUCGAACUGCCACAACCUCCUAAGGGAUAUUGGGGGUAUCGUCUCAGUUUCGGCAAGGACGGUCUUUCCAAGACACUUGUCAUGGAACUCGAAAGUCUGGGAAAAAGUGGAAAACCACACGGGGGCUCCAAAAUACAGCAUUCCUUUCCACUUUACGUCGAUGGCACGUCAAACUGCUGUCUCCUGGACGUAGAUGUGGACGAUGAGGGCCGCGGCCUCAGGCUCUUGGGAGAUGGCAGGCUUGAGGCUUGUCCGCUGGAAGCCAUAGAUGAGCAGGUUCAACAUAUGGUCCGGGAGGAAAGUGCUGCGGGUGUCAAAAGGAAAAGACCCCAUCCCCGAGUGCCCGGGGUGAAGCCUUCAGGGCACUUGCCGCCGUUCAAGAGGAAGGCCCCGGCUCCUUCUGCACAAACGACACAAGCUCUCGUUGAAAGUUCAGAAUAUUCGUCUAGUAGUGAUUCUGAUACGGAAGCUCGCCCUCAUAGGUGUCAAAAGGCAAGCACACAGCCAGGGGAUAUUGGCCAGACCCACGCUACGUCGUCUUCGAGAACGGAUGGUUUUCACUUAACGCCAUACGAAGCUCUGAAGCAACUAGGGAAGCGGUACGGGAUGAGUUAA